AUGACUACGCAGCGAGAGGAGAGUCGACCUCUUCUCGGGGAAGAACGUCCCAACUAUCAUUCUUCUAGUCGCAGCAGUACCAGCAGCCUGAGUGACGGCCAUGUGACAAUUCUCACUUCCAACUCACCGUCCAUUCUCAGCAAAGAUAACGAUCCGAUCAACCCGUCUUCCUCCACAGGAACAUAUAAUAUCGCUGAAGAGGACUUGGUCAGCUCCAGACUGAAUGGUGCAUCACUCUACACCGUGUUAUUGGGUCUUUGGAUCGGUGUUUCGUUAUCUUCGCUCGAUUCUUCCAUUGUUGCCACCAUUUAUGCUCAGAUUGGCACUGAAUUUAAAAAGUCAAAUGAGAUUAUUUGGAUUGCUACAUCUUACAUGCUGAGUUAUACCGCUUUGCAGCCAUUGUAUGGCCGCAUCUCGGACGUUUUUGGUCGCAAAACCGCUUUGAUGUUUGCUACUUCAGUGUUUUUCAUUGGAUCCGGGCUUUGCGGAGCUGCGAACGGUCUUUGGAGUCUCGUUUUCGCACGUGCCGUUGCUGGUAUCGGUGGUGGAGGUAUUAACACGAUGACAACGGUAAUUACCAGUGACCUUGUUCCUUUGCGCUACCGAGGUACUUACCAGGGUUACGGAAACAUUGCAUACGCUGUCGGUUCUGUGGUCGGUGCACCGUUGGGCGGAUUUAUUACUGACACCAUUGGAUGGCGUUAUUGCUUCUACAUCAACUUGCCUUUCCUUCUCGUGACCAUUUAUGUGGCUUCCUGCUUGCUGACCAACUAUAAUCUCGCGGAACAACCCCCGACCACGCUUUGGGAAAGAUUGAAAAAGAUUGAUUAUCUUGGCGCUAUUACUAUUGUUCUGUCUGUAAUUGCUUUCUUAUUGGCAACGUCUCUCGGUGGUAAUUUGCGAUCAUGGACAGAUCCUCUUGUCGUCGGCUGCUUGGUGGCUUCUGUAGUGUUGGCCGUGCUGUUCUGUAUCAUUGAAGCCAAGGUGGCACUGUAUCCGCUUAUGCCCUGGGAAAUCAUUUCUAGCCGCACCCCUUUGGCCUGUUCCAUGACAAACCUCUGCACCAUCAUGAGUUCGACUUCUCUUAUCUACGUUACCCCAUUAUAUUUCCAGGGAUUGAUGGGCUACUCACCUACUCAAGCUGGUUUGUUCUUUUUACCUAAAAUUGCCCUUGGUUCCACUGGAUCUGUACUGUGCGGUAUGUGGAUGUCACGUACCGGCGAGUACCGCAGUAUUACAAUUGUGGCGGCUGUGAUGUCUUUUGUAUCCAUGAUCGGUUUUACCUGCUGGACAACGACCACCCCGCUUUGGUUUUUGCUCAUUUGUCUGCUCAUGGAUGGGUUCUCAAUGGGUGUCCUUAUCACUACCACCCUUAUUGCCAUGCUAUCCUGCGUUGGUCAAGGCGAAAUGGCUACUGUCACGUCGAUGUCUUAUCUCUUCCGUUCGGUGGGCGGUGUUAUUGGUAUCUCCGCCACUUCGGCUAUUUUCCAGGCCAUUGUGAAGAGCGAAUUGAGCGAAAAGAUUACAGGUCCCAAUGCUGACAAGUAUAUCGAGAUUGCCCGUCAAUCCAUGACCGAAAUCCGACAGCUGCUUCCUAAGGACAUCUUGCAGAUUGUCCUUGAGACUUAUCAAACCGCCCUUCGAUACACUUUUCUUGCAUGUGUUAUCAUUGCCGCAUUCAACGUUAUCUCGACUCUUUUCAUUCAACGAUUUGAGUUACAUACCAAAGUUAGAAAAUAA